CAAAACCAAACCUCGAUUCAAAACGAAACGUACCGAUCAGAAAGUGAAAUUGACUGAAGGUGGCAGACAGAACAAGUCCUCAUCGAAGAGUUGCAGAUCUCUACACCUGAAGAUCUCUGUUUAAUCCUCAUUCACGAUGCCCGUGCAGUUCUCUGGCUGGGAGGUGGUCGAUGACGGCGCUUCCUUUACUGGUGUGCUGCUGAAAGCAGAUCAGAGCCCUCAGGACCAGGGCGUUUACACUAUGUACCACGGGACCAGCAUUGCCAGUGCAAGGCUCAUCAUUGCCAAUGGUUUCAAACGAUCGCUUACUGGCAUGCUGGGAGAGGGCGUGUAUGUCAGUCGUAGUAUGAUAAAGGCAUCCAGUUAUCCAAGGAAUUGCAACGAUUCAGACCGCGUGGUCCUUGAGGUACAUGUGCGCGUUGGCCGUGUCAAGCGCAUUGACAAGGACGACCACCCUCUGCAGUAUACCUGGAGCACAAAUGGCUACAACACCGCCUGGGUACCCCCUAAUUGUGGCAUGCAGUCUGUGCCCAGCGGACUAGAGGAGGAUUGCGUGUAUGACCCCAAUAGAGUGAAGGUGGUGUGCAUCGCAAAGGCCCCGAGCGCUGCCAUAGAGAAGGAGUUACAACAGCUUAUUGCGAGAUCCAUUAGCGGAGGUGGCGGCAGUGCUCCGGACAGGUGCCCACUGUGUAAGAGGAUGACCCACGGACUAGAGGAGGAUUGCGUGUAUGACCCCAAUAGAGUGAAGGUGGUGUGCAUCGCAAAGGCCCCGAGCGCUGCCAUAGAGAAGGAGUUACAACAGCUUAUUGCGAGAUCCAUUAGCGGAGGUGGCGGCAGUGCUCCGGACAGGUGCCCACUGUGUAAGAGGAUGACCCAGCAGGGAUCUCAACACAUCGAGCAGCAGUGCUGGAAGUGUGGGAAAAAAAUCUGCAUUCUCAUGUCCAAGCAUUUCUGUCCAUCUUAA